AUGCAGGGUUAUUCAUUUGCGCCUCCAUCGGGCCCUCCACGAGAAGGCCAAAAAAAUUAUGUAUUCGUUGACGAGCAUAACCGGCACAAGAGACUAAAAGUAAUGCGGGCAUGUAAUGGCUGUCGAAAACGAAAAAUUAAAUGCGAUGCGGCCACCACAAACACCUGGCCAUGUUCAGCAUGCACGCGCCUGAAAUUGGUCUGUGUCCCUCCGACAAUUGGACAAGACGGGGAAUUUGGCCCAGAGGGGUCCAUGGACCCCAUUGAGACAGGAAGUAACUCUGUUCCGGAGGCUUCUCACCAUUCAUUUCCGGUAUCUCCAACAUAUAGAGAAGGCACCCAAGCUUCCGUGGGAUCUUUGCCUUCAUACGAUGGGAUGGGGAUGUACCCCCAGUUUGUUCAUACCCCCCAAAGUCAAUCGGGGAUGUAUAACGACAUGCGACCGUCCCCCAUGGUCAUUCCUCCUCAAUCCUACCAACAAUCACCAAUAUAUCCCGAUCACCAGACUUCAUCCCUUGGCACCGUAAAUCGAGGAACCUAUGUGGAUCAGGAGUCAUCCACGGCAGAUAAUCUCAGCGAGGUAUUAGGCGAACUCAAGAUUGACGAAUCAGGCAUCGCUCCCUAUAUCCGGCGACAAAGAACGGAUCGCACGGAGCCAGAUGCUCCUGUUCAGGAUGACAUAGAAGAAAGAUUACCACCACUCAGUACGGGCGCUGGUGCCAAGAUCCGCAUUCCACCGGAACUGAUGCCCGCGGAAGAAGAUGUGAUGGAAUAUUUCAGAAUUUAUUUCGAUGAAAUUCAUCCUUAUUUGCCUAUUAUACCACGCGCUCAUCUAUACUAUCAAUGGCAAAAUGAUCGCCGUUCUAUUUCGCCACUUCUACUGGAAGCACUAUUUGCUUGUGCUGGGCGGUUAUCAAACGAACCUGCGGAGGGCGCUCAGUGGCUUGCUCUAGCCAACAGGCAUGAAUCAAGCUUUAUGGAUGUUCCGCGUGUGAGCACAAUCCAAGCUAUGCUUCUUCUUCUCAAGGCUAGAGAAUCUUUACCGAAAAAGGGAUAUUACUAUCGCUCCUGGCAGACUGUGAAGACAAUUGUCUCAAUGGCCAAAGACUUGGACAUUCACGAGCAUUAUGGUAGUCAUGCGGAAGGAAGACCAUGUGAUCUGAGUCCGAUCGAAUGUCUGCUUCAAACUCGAAUCUGGCAGGCUCUCAUGGUAGUCGAAGUUAUGAUUGGCGGACCUCAAGGCCGCUCCGACUAUGGCGUCGACCCCCAAACGGUCGAUAUGCGUCCAACUUUAGACAUCAGAGGCUUGGAUGCCUACGAAACGGAACGCUCACGUCAAUAUGCUUACUUUGUUCGAAAUGCACACCAUAUUCGAAUGGUUGCGGAUGUCUAUCACAAAGUUAAGAAACAAAAGGACUGGGGAGCAGAUCCUCGCUUUGUACAGAAGAACCCACUUUUUGCAGAUUGGCUUCGUAGUUUACCGCCAGACCUUCAGGUGAACUAUCCUCCCGAUGGAUCUCCUCCAUGGCUUCCCUCCCAUUUUGUGGGCAACAUGCAUUCUCAUUGCCACCUUGCAAUCAUUCUGCUUCAUCGACCACAACUCUUGGCAUCUCAAGUUGUUGUGGCCAGCGGUGACUGGAGAGUGCAUUUCUCCCUGUGCUAUUCAUCAGCCAAAAACAUGUGUCGCCUACAAGAGGCCAUUCUCGAAAAAUUUGGAUUAUCUGGAUUGUUGUACAUGCAGCGAGGGAUAAACUUCGCUAUUUAUUGCAUUCUCACAUGUACAAUGCUUCACCUGGUUGCUAUCACUUCUCCGCUCCCUGAAUUUAACUCGGAUGCCCGAGAGUUCUUCACCCGCCACAUGCGCAUUCUCGAGCGAUGCUCCACAGCGUGGCCCAUGCCGGAGAUUCAAGCUCAAAUCACAUCGUUAAGAAUGGCUUUCUCCGCCGAUACUAACAGGCCCUUUGAGCUCAAGCCAAGCUUCCCGUACGGGAGUCCUUCAGAUGACUAUCAGCCCAGUCCUCCCAUGGAUGCGCAUUACCAUCCGCAACUUAAUCAAGUGCCAAGCCAUCUUCAAUCCAAAGUGGGUUCCAAUACGCAUCCAGUUACCCCUCCGAUUUCCGCUGGUGCUGAAGAUUCGAAGUCCGACACCUCCUCUCAUUUACAGUCUCUUGGAAUGAUUCCCCAUAACCCACCGACCACCCAUCCGUUGGACCAGCCUCUGGUUGAUGAGAGCAGCUGGGACCCGAGCCGAAUCAUUAAUCAAUGGGAGAUGGCCUUCUCCGUCAACCCAUCUACCGUCAGCACCAGUUCUCCCCCAUUACCCAUUAGCAACCCAGCGCAACCAAUGUCAAACAUGGUAAAUCCCCAGUAUUCUAUGCAGUAUGAUUCCAAGGUCACAGCGCCCCCGAAUCAGUCGGUUUCUCCACCACAGUUCCAGGCACCUCCAGUUGUGUUCAGCGCUCGAGACUGGCAGCAAAGUGUGGCAAGUGUAUACGAUCCACAAGGCCUGAAGCGGCCUUGGAACUAUUCCGUUGAUCUUGGUUCCGACAACAUGGCUAAACGUCAACGAGGAUAA